AUGCUGACUAAAAGACUUGUGUCCGUCGCAUCUAGACAAUUUAGAAGUAUUGCUACAACUGCUACCAGAUUUUCAGCUGCAACAAAGGUUGAACAAACUGUUGCAGACCUACCAAAUCCAAGGGAUUUACCAAGACCUGACUUCAAGGAAAUUGAAGCCCCAAUCUAUAAUCCAAAGGAAAAAUACAAGGAGCAGACUGCAGAAUUGCACAAAUUUGGUACUUAUAUUAUGGGUUGUAUGCCAAAAUAUGUCCAACAAUUCAGUGUUUGGAAAGAUGAACUUGUACUAUAUUGUGCACCCUCCGCUUUAGUUCCAUUGGCUACUUUCUUGAGAGACCAUACAUCAUCACAAUUCAAGGCAUGUAUGAAUCAGACCGCUGCUGAUUUCCCGGAAAGAACUAACAGGUUUGAUGUUAUUUACGAUUUUCUAUCAGUUAGAUUCAACUCCCGUAUUAGAAUUAAGACUUACACAUCAGAAGUUAGACCAGUUCCAUCUUUGGUUCCGUUAUUCCCAGGUAACAACUGGCUAGAAAGAGAAACUUACGAUAUGUACGGUAUUUUCUUUGAAGGACACCCUGAUUUAAGAAGAAUUAUGACCGACUAUGGUUUCGAAGGACACCCAUUGAGAAAAGAUUUCCCAACCACCGGUUAUACCGAAGUCAGGUAUGAUGCCGAAAAGAGAAGAAUUGUUUACGAACCAUUAGAAUUGACUCAAGCAUGGAGGAACUUUACUGUUGGUUCAUCUGUUUAUGACCAAACAGGUCCAGGUAUUGAUUCAACACCAGCUGAAUUCAAAUUACCAGAACCUGAAUUGGAAGAAGAAGAGCCAAAGAAAUAA